UCCACUUUCCUUCUUCUUCUUUGUUUCUAAAACACUAUAAUUUAAGUCAAAUCUGAAAAGAUGGCGAAUCAGAGGAAUUAUGGGAAGAGGCCUUCUCGAGCCGGUGAAUCAGAAAAGAAGGAAACUGAAGAUGAGGAGAACAUAUUUCCUUUCUUCUCGGACCGCUCCCAAUACGACACACGUGCCAUGGUCUCAGCCUUGACUCAAGUCAUUGGAAACCAAAGCAGUAGUACUCAUGAUGAUAAUCAACAUCACCCUGAUGAGUAUAAUCAACAAGAUUCUACCCAACCUAUUUCUCCUAAACAAGACCAAGGAGACUUGAGGAAGAGACAUUAUAGAGGGGUAAGGCAACGACCAUGGGGAAAAUGGGCUGCUGAAAUCAGGGAUCCACAAAAGGCAGCACGCGUGUGGCUUGGGACAUUUGAAACAGCUGAAGCUGCUGCCAUAGCUUAUGAUGAAGCAGCUCUUAAGUUCAAAGGAAGCAAAGCCAAACUUAACUUCCCUGAGAGAGCUCAACUAGCAAGUAACAGUAAUAGUACUAUUACUGGUCUACCAGACUAUAACUCUUCUAAUCAUCAACUUUACAACUCAAAUCCACAAACCAUACCAUAUGAUAACCAAUACUACUAUAACCAAUAUCUUCAGCAAGGAGGAAAUAGUAACGAUGCAUUAACCUAUAGUAUGGCAGGUGGGGAAACCGGAGGCUUAAUGUAUAAUCAUCAGACAUUAUCUACUACAACUUCUUCAUCUUCCGGUGGAUCUUCAAGGCAACAAGAAGAUUAUACCAGAUUUUUGCAUUUUGGGGAUUCUUCUCCUUAUUCGGGUUUUUGAGAUCAUCUUCAUAUAAAUAAUUAAGAGCAUGAUUAAUGGGAGGUUCCUAAGGUGGAGUUCUUAGCGGAAUAUAAGAACCCGUCUCUUAACUUUUAACUAAAAAAACUAAGAACCUCACCUUAAGAACUCCCCAUUAAUUAUGCUCUAAGGGAUUUCGGGUGACUUUGUUAUGAGGAGAUCAUAUGUUCCUUGAGUUUUUUUUUUGUACUUUUUUCACUAUGUGUGUGUUGUUUGUGAUCAUUUUGUUUAUUUCUUCUUUCAAGAGUUUUCAGGUUCUUUGUUACCAACUC